UGUGGUUGGUCAGACUGUGGUGAGGAGAGUUGUCAUCACUACCAUGGAGCUGGUGUGGUGCUGGAACACUCUCUUGUUAUGUUUAAGUUUUGUGGUAUUAAUCACUAGAAAUAAUGCAUUAUCAAGUAGCCAAGAUAUAACUAAUAGUGAUCCAUCAGUUGUGGAUGGUAUUAACUUAUCAAAAUACCACCAUUAUGAAGAUAUAGUGAAUCUGGCUGAAACACUCCACAAAAACCAUCCACAUCUUGUACAACAUUAUAGUGUUGGUAAGUCCAUCCAAGGACGGGAUCUUUUAGUAAUCAAGAUCAGCGAGAAUGUGGAGACCCGUGGACAGACGGAACCUAUGUUCAAAUAUGUGGCCAACAUGCACGGGGACGAGGCUGUGGGCAGGGAGUUGGUGGUGGCCCUGGCACAGCACCUGGUCAAGGGCUAUGUCGACAACAACCCCAGGGUGGUCAACCUCCUCAACCACACCGAGAUUCACCUCAUGCCCUCCAUGAACCCAGAUGGAUUCGAGAAGGCACAGGAGGGAACCUGUGAUGCCUUUAUUGCUUCAGGUCGAGAGAAUGCCAAUGGUGUUGAUCUCAAUCGCAAUUUUCCUUCACAGUGGAAUUUUCCAUCAGAAGAAGAAAUGUAUACCAAUCGUGAACCAGAAACAUUAUCUGUUAUGGCCUGGAUUGUUAAUAAUCCUUUUGUUUUAUCUGGCAACCUCCAUGGAGGCUCAGUUGUUGCCAGUUAUCCAUUUGAUGACACCAGUCAUCAUAAAGAAUGCUGCAUGGAAAGCAAGACUCCUGAUAAUGAACUGUUUCGGUAUCUGGCAACAGUGUAUGCAUCAAACCAUGGCACCAUGGCACGGGGCAAUCUGUGUCCAACUGAUAACUUUCCUGGGGGCAUCACUAAUGGUGCAUAUUGGUAUGAUGUUGCUGGAGGUAUGCAAGAUUUCAAUUACAUUUAUGGAUCCUGUGCUGAAGUAACUUUCGAGUUAUCAUGCUGUAAAUACCCAGGGGCGUCAGACAUGCCAUUGGAGUGGAUCAACAACCGAGAGUCACUCGUGGCCUUUAUGGAGAUGGUACAUAUGGGUGCUAAAGGUGUGGUGACAGAUGCUGACACCGGUGAAGCCCUGGAAGGAAUAUUUGUGAGUGUAGAGGAACUGAACUAUAAUGUGACCACUUCCAGACUGGGAGAGUACUGGAGGUUACUUAUGCCUGGAAUAUAUACUCUUGUGGCUAGAGGUUAUGGGUACGAGACUGCAUCACAAAAGAUUAAUGUUGCCAAAGAAACUGUGACUCGUGUAGAUUUGAAAAUGAAGCGGCAUGCCCAAGUUCAUCAGCCUUCAAAGUUACGAGAAGUGGUAAUUGAAAGUAAUCCUAAAACUGAGAAAGAAAUCAGUCAUCUAGGAAGUCCAAAGGGAAACACCAUUUUAGAUCUGAUUAAUAUGGAAAUUGUGACUGAUUCCUUGAAAAGAGCAACAACCAAACCUUAUGUAAUUGCUUCUAAAAAGAGGAGCAAAGAACCUGAAAUGUCAAUGAUUUCUCCCAUUUCAAAGGUAGCUCCUUUGAAAGUCCAUAGAGUUUUAUCCUAUCCAUCAAGUUUUGCAAAUGUCCAGCCCAACAACAUGUCGAGGGCUGCAAGAGUUAUCCGUAAAGUAAAAUAUUUGAAAGGACAGCAACAUAAUUUUGAUAUUGUUAAUGUCACUGGACCCAGGGACUCAACGGUAGAAUUAAACAGCUCACAUAUAAUGAAGAGCACAACCACCACUCCGAGGCCACUCAUAAGCAUGAUUGAUGGUCAGACUUCAACCAAGAGUGUUGGCCAGCACAUAACAAAUGGUGGAAAGCUAACAACUAUGAUUGGUGAUCGGCUUACAACCAAGAGCAGUGGUCAUGUCUCCUCUUUGAGGAAUAGUCAACCCACAACUAAGAUUGGUACUCAGCCCACAACUGUGAUUGCUGAUGAACCCUCAACUGUGAGAUAUGGUCACAGCACAUCAAUGGCAGAUGGCCAGUCCUCAUUUCAGUCUUCAGAUGGAAGUUCUUCUCGGGUUACUGACUUCCCAAAUGGUGUAAGCCUGAUAGCUUAUAUUGAUUCAUCAACUAAUGGCUCUAGCAUUUCUAAAACCUCUACUACUGAGGCCCCUCUGGAAGUUCCAAAAACAACCACUAAGAACAUAACCACCACCACAACAACAACAACCACCACACCUCGACCCAAAAGGCCUGAAGAAGAAGGAUUUACUUCAAGUCCUGAAUUUAAGUACCAUCAUUACCCUGACUUAGAAGUAUUUAUGCAGAAGUUGGAAAAAAAAUAUCCAAACCUUGCCCGGAUGUACUCAAUAGGGACAAGUGUUCAGGGUCGGGAACUGUAUGCCUUGGAAAUAUCUGACAAUCCGGGAAUUCAUGAACCUGGUGAACCCGAGUUCAAAUAUAUUGGAAAUAUGCACGGAAAUGAGGUGGUGGGUCGAGAAACACUGCUGCUGUUGAUGCAAUACCUAUUGGAAGGUUAUGGUUCAAAUGAGCGUACAACAAAACUUGUCAACAACACAAGGAUUCACCUUAUGCCUACAAUGAACCCAGAUGGAUUUGAAAUUUCCAAUGAAGGAGACCAUGAUGGAGUUGUGGGAAGAGCCAAUUGGAACAGUGUAGACCUGAACCGAAACUUCCCAGAUCAGUACUUGGCUUCACAGGAUAGUGGAAGACAACCAGAAACCCUGGCAGUUAUGAGGUGGAUAAAGCAGUAUCCAUUUGUCCUUUCUGCUAACCUCCAUGGUGGGUCUCUUGUUGCCAAUUUUCCUUGGGACAAUAACCCUCAAGGUAGAAGUGGUUUAUACAGCAAGUGUCCAGAUGAUGAAGUCUUCAAAAAACUAGCCAAAGCCUAUUCAUUUGCCCACCCAAGAAUGCCCAUAGGAAAACCCUGUAAUGCUGGUCAAGUGGUCUUCAGAGAUGGCAUUACCAAUGGAGCCAAAUGGUACAGUGUAUCAGGAGGCAUGCAGGAUUGGAAUUAUCUUAAUUCUAACUGCUUUGAGAUCACUGUUGAAAUGGGUUGCCAUAAAUAUCCACCUUCAAAAGACUUGGCCAAGUACUGGAUUGAGAACAAGAACUCCCUUCUUGCAUUCAUGGAACAGGUACACACAGGAGUAAAAGGGUUCAUCUUGGAUGUCAAUGGUAACCCUAUCAGCAAUGCAACCAUUAGUGUAGCUGGUAUUGAUCAUGAUGUUAUAUCUGCUGCUGACGGAGAUUACUGGAGACUUUUGGUGCCUGGAGAACACUUGGUUAUGGUUUAUGCUGAAGGGUAUGAGACCAGAAGUCAGAAAGUUGAUGUACCACACCUCUGGGCUGUCCAAGUGAACUUUACUCUAAAAAAUGAUGAUAUUUCAACAUGGUCAUUACAAGAAGAUUUUGGUUUGGCAGAGAACCUUGUUAAUAGUUAUCUUAAUAACUCUGCUUUGAAUGAAGCCAUGGCUGAUAUUGAGAAUAAAUACAAGGAGGUUGCAGAAUUCCUAGCAAAUGAUAAUGACUGGAGUAUGAAGGUGCAUGCUCUCCGAAUGGGCGUAGAGGUUGGAGGUGGUGUUGAUAACCGAGUACGAGUAAUGAUUUUCGGUGGACUGUAUGGAUCUCAGCCCGUGGGACGUGAAUUGGUCAUCCGACUAGCCAGACACCUUGGAGCUGGCUGGGCCAAGAAAAAUAGAGAAAUGCAAAAACUUUUACAAACAACACAGAUUUUCUUAGUACCAGCUGUUGAUACCAAGGGUUUUGAGGUAGCUGAACCAGGCAUGUGUGGUUACAGCAAAAUCAGCGAACUUAACAGUGAAGUUGGAGGUUCAUUUUCUCCCGAAAUCAGCAACGACAUUGCUGCAGCAACGGUGAACAUGGUCAGUCAGGUCAAACCUCACGCCAUACUGUCUCUCGAGUCUGGUGGAAUCUUUAUGAGGUUUCCACAUGAUGAUCCGUCAGUUAGCCCUCCUGUUACUCCAGAUGAAGGUGUCUUCCAAUUUUUGACAGAAGCAUAUGCGAGGGCACAUCCAACUAUGUUAGAGAGUGAAAGCCCAUGCCUGGUCCUGAGCAAGCAAACUCCAUCAGGCAUCCUCCAUGGACAGGCUAUAGGGGUGUACAAGAAUUCGUUAUUGGAAUACACAUAUAGUAAUUUAAAAGACAUAUUAAUGAUUGCUGCACAUGUAAGCUGUUGCAACUACCCUGCUGAAAGAGAGUUAAACACCUUCUGGAGACAAAAUAAAGAUUCCCUCCUGUCUUUCAUACAUGCUGCUCAUCAAGGUGUGGCAGGACAGGUGACAGAUGAACAGGGCCAUCCAUUGUCCUCGGCCAAAGUUCAAGUGGAUGGGAAGGUGGUGGAGCUGAGUGACCAGGCCACCUUCAGGAAGCUUCUCCCCACGGGCUCUCACACACUCGAGGUAACGUCCAGUGAUACUGAAAACAAAACUAUGGACUUUGUGAUUGAAGCUCAUAAAGAGAUGCCAGCCAGUGUUACACUAGAUUCAGUGAAGGACUCCGUUUUAAUGUACCAUUCGUACUACGGAACAGAGGACAACAUUCGCAAACUCAUUUCUAACUUCUCAAGGAUAUCUAAAUUGUACAGCAUUGGACGUAGCGCUAUGAGUCGUCAGAUUUUAGCUGUGGAAAUUGAUGUAGGAACAGAAACACAACAAAUAAGUCGCCCUUCAGUUGCUGUCAUUGGAGGCCUAGGAGAAAGUGACAGAGGUGGUAAAGAAUUAGUUCUUCAGUUAAUGAAAUACUUGCUCUCACGUUACAAUCAUGAUGCAGCAGUCAAUAAAAUAUUGCAGAAUGCCAAGGUUCAUCUGGUGCCAACAUUGAACCCUGAUGGCACAGCAGAUGUUCCAAAACACAGACAAAAUGGAGCUAAAUGUGAAACAAAAAUAAACACUAAGAACAGCAACAACAUAGAAUUAGAUUCGAAAUUCAUUGUAAAAGAUUCAGAUGAAGAAAAUUCUCCGCCAUCUGAGGUGUCUGCUGCACGCAAGUGGAUGAGUGAUAGAAAGUUCACCUUGGCUCUGGUUCUCAGGGGAGGAGCUCAGGGUGUAGCUGUACCUUAUUCUGCUGCCCAUGACUCGUCAUUUUUUUCUCCUGAUUCUAAGGUAUUCCAUCUCCUUGGAGCCAGUUAUUCAUCAGCUGUAGGUCUACCCCAAGAUGUAUCUGAGUGUGGUAAUGUGAAAUUGGUGAAUGGAACAACCAAUGAUGGAGUGAUAAAUCCACAUUCUGGAAGUCUCAUAGAUUGCUUCUAUGAGCAUAGUGACACUCUUGCCUUUAAUGUGUAUUAUGGAUGCUGUGGAACCCCAGAAUAUAAGGCUCUUGGUCAUUUAUGGAAAAAGCAUAAGGCUGGACUUUUGAAGUUCCUCACAAUGUCAAGUGUUGGUGCCAUGGGAUUUGUCACCGACCAGUACAAUGCACCAUUAAGUGGAGCCAGGAUAAACGUUGAAGGUUCACCACAUUUUGUUUCCUCAUUGGAUCACGGAACCUGGUGGCGGCCCUUGACCCCAGGUGUUCAUACACUCACAGUGCAACUUGAUGGUUACCAUGGAGUGACCAAACUUGUGCAGGUUGUGGAGGGAAAUACAGUCAUGUUCAAGCUGAAGAGAGAUGAACGUGUAAUGGGGCUUCCCAGGAUGGUGUUUAUUAUCCUUGCUGGUGUGGUGCUUCCCAUGCUCGCUCUUGGCUGUUGUGCCAUUUUGAGAAUUGGGUGUCGUUACUUCUUUCCUGUUUUCUGGUCUCAAGGGCCCUGGUGCUUUUGAUUUACUAAGAUUCCCAGCUGCUUACUUUUAUGCAUUUUGCUAAUUGCUCCUAUUAUUGAAUAUAUAGACACUAAAAUUAAUAAUUCUAACGCGGUUGAUUGUGAGUUUUCCACUUCCAUGCAGAACAUGGAACUCUGGGCAUUAUGAUUUUUUAUUUGUUAGUUUUGACAGUUUCCUGAAUUGAUUGGAAAGAUAACAGUAGAAUUAAAUUUUUGUUCUAGACAUUUAUAAUUUUGGCAUAAAGAUUAUAAUUAAUAACCAAAAUAGAAUUAAAUCUUGACCUGAUACUAAUUUUGCAUUUGCAGACUUACAUAUGUGCACGAUAAGUCUUCUCACAAAAUAGAUUAAGUUCACAAAAUACAUUUUAACUAAAACAAAAGCAUCACCAACAGGUUCAAAAGAAUUAUAUCAAUAGAUGCAUAGUUCAAGAUAAGAAAUCCUUCAAAUAGAAAGUUUUUGUGUGUGAACAUGCAUGCAUGUGUGAAUUUAGAAGUAUGUAUGUUUGGUGGCAGUCCCCAAUAUUGGUGCUGUCAAAUCAUAGUUAGACCAAGGCUGCCAGCUACUGGAGUUGACAGCUCUGGCCUAACAAGAAGUGGAUAGCUUUGGUCACUCAUGGGAUUGACUCUUCUGACCUGGUCAUAAUUUCUGGAAACUGUUUGAUUAUUUGGCUCUUGUAUCAUUGUGGGAUCCCACACAUACAUAAUACAGUACAUGGGUAGAAUAUUGCUGUAAGUUCUACUAUUGAUGACACCUAUACAAUAUAUUUUCAAGUUAGACCUCAUAAUAUUUAUCCUAGUCUCAGGGUUCAAGUAUGAAGUUCACAGAUCCUUAAUUUAUUUUCGUGUAAACUCCUUUCAUUAUACAGUAAGUAUAGUCCCUGUAUAUAUUUAUUGAAUGGCAUCAAUUUCCUUUCAUUAUGCUAUGUGUAUAAUAUUUAUUGUUGACAUGCAGUAGAGGCUACCAAAGAUCUUUUUAUAUAAUGUUUCCAGGUACCUGUUAGGUUGUUGUAUGAUGAAGGUAGUUUUUGCCAUGUUAGUAUCUGCUUUGGCUUUCAUUUCUUACUUUUUCUUUUAAUACUGUGCUGUACUUGUCUUCUGCAGGAAAAAGUUCAUGACAAAAGAUCUAGAGAAACCAUGUUGAUUCCUGGAACUAAAUAAUGGGACAUGUGUUACUAAAUAUGGUGUGUGUGAUCAAUACACCCAUACACAGAAUAGGUGUAUUGCAUUUUGUGGUUGUGUUGCAUUCCAGGCUGCUAGUAAACAAAUAUGUUAUCGCUGCCCGUACUCAGUGUUAUUGCAUUUAUGGGAGGGUGAUAAGAGUAAUGAGAAAGUGUUGCUGUUUAUUAAGCUAGGAGAUGAUGGUGCCAUCGUCUCAGUCCUAGACAAUAGAACAUAUGGCAGGUCCCCAACCUGUGACCUAGCUAGAUGUGUGGGGGUGUUGGUCGCUCUAGCUGGCACUGGGCAGUAUCAGCCAGACCUUUUGAGUGAACACACACUAGCCGCUACAGGAGUUACUUGGAACGAUAUCUAGGAGUUAAGUGAAGCUAUAAGCCCGCACACAUGAGUGAAAGAACAGUGAUUGUGUUGUGGUGAAUUGUUGGGAACAGGCAUAGUGUACAGAAUAAUGUAUCUACUAACUGACGUAUAAUGUAUACAUAUACAGUGGUCCCUCGGUUAGCGAACGCCUCGGUUUACGAAUUACCUUCCAUAAGAAUCUUCAAU